AUGGCCCGGAUCAAGCAUGUGAAUCAGGAUACUCAUCAGAUCGUUGACGAGUAUGGAAGAACUAGGUUCUUUCACGGAACCAAUGUUGUCAUGAAAGAAGCCCCGUGGUACAGGCCUUUUGAGUGGACUCCGGGUGUUUCAUCGUUCGGCGAACGAGAUGUUCAGAAUAUGCACGACUUGGGGCUGAAUAUUGUCCGGCUUGGCCAUAGCUGGGCUGGUGCUGAGCCAGUUCGCGGAGAGUACAACCAGACAUUCUUAGAUAUCAUGAAGAAGCAGACAAAACUCGCAGAAGAACACGGUAUCUAUGUGCUGGUGGACGUGCACCAAGACGUACUGGCUAAACAACUUUGUGGUCAUGGUGUACCUGACUGGUUCGUCAAGAAGGACUGGGUUACGGGAUUCAGAAGGUUCCCGUUCCCACAGAAGCUCAAGCCAUUCACCACUGAUGGUGACGGCUUUCCUUCGCCUCAAUCCCAAUGCGGUACUAUCGAUUGGUCAUUGAGCUACUUAUCCGUGGCCGUUGGAAAUGCUUUCGGGAGACUUUACAACAACUUUGAUGGACUUGGAGACGCAUUCGCCGCGUAUUGGAAGAAACUGGCGUCGGAGUAUGUUGACACUACGAAUGUCGUGGGGUACAAUCUACUCAACGAACCCUGGGCUGGUGACACAUACGCCGAUCCAACAAUUCUCGUGCCCGGUGUUGCGGAUCGCAAAAACCUGGAGGGUCUUUGGAACCGAGCAUCGAAACAGAUACGCACGGUUGACAAUGAUACGCUUAUCUGGUUUGAGGGUACUACCUUCGAUGUUCUGUCAGGCUUCAACAACGUACCUCUCGGUGACGGGUCCAAGACAGUACAUUCAUUCCACUACUACAACCCACCGCAGCUAGGCCCGCUAAAGGAUACACUCUACAACCGACAUAAAGACAAUGUUCGACUCAAGACCGCCUGUGUCCUUACGGAGUUGACGUUCUGGAUGGGCGAUGAUAAGCAGAUGGCUGGCCUUGCGGAAGCCAUGACUACGACAGACGCGAACAUGGUGUCUUGGAUAGGAUGGGCAUACGAGAAUCUGUAUAAUGGGGCAUCGGGCAAGCCAUAUCCAGAGCUACAGAAGCAUUACAGCCGAGCGUAUCCAGCUGCCAUCGCGGGGACACCUACUUCGUUUGGGUUUGAUGAGGCAUCCGGUGUCUUCAAGCUGAACUUCACCAGCGACCCUACCAUUGGUGCACCGACUGAGAUUAUUUUACCUAUUUCUACCUUUCCAAACGGGUACGAGGUUCGAGUUCUACCUGGUGGCAGCCUGUUGCAAUACAAGCCUGACGAUCGCACCCUGGCCUUGUUUACAUCCAAGGUCUUCAAAAAGGGAACGGAGAUAUCUGUUGAGAUUUCCAGCAAAUGA